AUGGAUCUUCAAUACAAGUAUGAAUCUUUUCAGUCAACCUUGCCAUCCAGUUUACCUGCAGGAUGGAACGAUCCUCCACCGAUGUCUACUAAUAAUUCUGGGCAACAAAGUAAUCGUUUAGCUCAGUUACGGCGUCGUCCUGUUGAUCCUUCCUGUCAAGGAGGGGCGCCAGGCUAUGGCGGUGUAGCUCAAGCCAAUCCCUACGGAGCUCCAGCAGGUUAUCCUCAACAAAUGGCUCCACAGCAACACGCCGGAGGAUACAAUCCUGGACCUCCAGGGGAUCAACAUACAGGAGGCUACAACGCUGGAGCUGGUGCUGUUGCCGGAAUCCCUCCACCUAAUCAGCAAUAUCAACAAUAUGGGAUGGUAGCUAAUCCGAAUCAAGCUUAUGCCCAACCUGGCCAACCUCCUGCAGCUAAUAAUUAUCGACCUGCUGACGGGCAAGGACAAUUGAAUCCUUCUCUUCCUCAAGCAGCAUUUGUUAACAAUGCUUCAAAUCCUCCAUUCCAAUCAAACUCAUUACCAGGUGCUGGCGCUGCGAAUGUCCCACAGAAUUACUCUAAUCAGUUCCAACCAAAUACACAAGCACCUUCUCAGUAUGGAGCGCCUCUUCAACUUCCAUCAGGAAAUCCAAUAACACCUCAGAUGACACAGCCACACCAACAUCCUGGUAAUCCUGUUGACCAAAAUUAUCAAGCUCAUCAGCAACCAGUUUAUAACGUUCAACAUGGUGCUCAGCCUGUUCCAUUGCAACCCCCUCAUCAAGCAAUGAACUCUCAUCACAAUUAUCCACCACAGCAGUCCAAUGCUGGCAACUUGGUUUUUUCGCCUCCUAAUACGGUUGAUGAUGGUAAUGAGACAUUUGCUCAACAAUAUGAUAAUUAUCAACCUCCAGUUAAAGCAGCAGGAGAUGUCUCACUUAGUGGACCUCAGUUAGUUAAGUUUUUGACAAAGGCUAGUGUUCGUUUACCAGAGGUGAAAUGCCAAGGUGUUCAGUUACGAUUACGAGUUCUAAACGAAAUGAUCCAGCAGAAUUUAAUAUCAGAAGGCUGUUUGAAGAAAUUGAAUUUUGUCGUCGAUGCUAUUGAUCGUCAGCUGUAUGAAGAGGCCGGUACAUACUUCGAUCAAUUACAACAGCAGUUUCCUCAGGAGAUCGUUUCAUGGGGGCAAGGUCUGCGGUUAUUAAUCUUGGAGCUUAAAUCACUUGCUCCACGGAUAGGCUCUGCGGGAGCAUACGGUCGUACCCAAUAA